UUAAUUUCAAUCAUCUUCACUCACACAAUAAUCAUUUUUUUCAUCUGUAAAAAAAAGCUUAGAAAUAUCAAACGAAAUCGAAGAAAAUGGAAUCAUCGACGAGCAAUUUGAUGUUAACGGUGAAAUUUCUGUUGAUUUCAAUCGGAGCAGUUUCUUCAGCCAUUGCUAUUAAAUCCUAUGUUCCGUUGAUUUUGUAUGAAUUUCCUACGAUUUGGUCCGGUUUGAUUUCAUGGCUAAAGCCUCCGUAUCUCUACAUUUUACUCAACGGUAUAAUCAUUAUCAUCGCCGCUACUUCUCGAUCAAAUCGUAAGGAACAACAACAACAAUCCGGCGAGCAAUCACGGUCCUUAAUUUCUGCCGAAACGCCUCCGGUGUACUCAGAUUUGGUAACGAUUUCCAGAUCUAAAAUGUCGGAGUAUGCGCCGGAGCUGGUAGAUGAACCGGAGGUGUUUGAGGUUGUGCCGUUGAAUUCUAUCGGAACGCCUCCGGUGAACUCAGAUUCGGUAGAAGUUUCUACAUCGGAGAUGUGUGAGUAUGCUCCUGAAGUGAUAGAUGAACCAGAAGUGUUUGAGGAGAAGACCGAACCGGUAAUUGAACCGCUGGAGUUGGUUGAAGUAAAAUCAAUGGUGACUGUAGUGAAUGAAAACGAAGGUGAAAAUGAUGAAUUUGCGAGUUCGAAUUCGGUUUUUACGCCGUUGCCUGAAGUAGAAACGGAGCUAAUUCAACGGCUAACGACUGAGAAACCGCUAGUUACUUCGAGGUUCAGUCAUCGGAAACCGCUGAUGAGGACGAGUCCUGAAGGGGUGAAAUCACUAAGGGUGGCUAGAGUAAAAAGGCAAGAGACAUUAGAGAGUACAUGGAAGAAGAUAACGGAAGGGCGUCACGUGCCUCUCACGAGGCACCUGAACAAGUUAGACACGUGGCAACAUCAGAACAAGAACCGGGGAAGUGAAUCCCCGGUUCAAAACAUUAAAAAAGCAGUUGAACCAUCACCUAGUCAAGAUGAGCUGAAUCGGCGAGUUGAAGCAUUCAUUAAAAAAUUCAAUGAAGAAAUGAGAUUACAAAGAGAACAAUCAUUACAACAAUACACGGAGAUGAUUAAUCGGGGUGUUUAAAUUAAUUUAGCUAUUUAUACUAUUUUUUAUUUGUUAGAAAAGGUGAGAGUUUAUUUUAUUUUUUGUGAAUGUGUGUGUAUAUAUAGGGGAAAGAUAGUGCAAAUAGGGCUAGAGCUUAUGUAAAUAGAAGAAUUGUAAUAUGUUCUAUUAUUCAUAAACUUGAGAUAAAUGAAAAUUUAGUUAGUUA